CGUCUUCUGCCCUGUUUAUCAUGCUAUGCCCACAGUGAGUUUUUGUUUUUGUUUUGUUACCCUGCUCUGCAGAACUUUUUGUAAGUCAUUAAACCCUUUGUCCUGGAACCGUGUGCUCCUGUCUCUGCAUUCUGGGUCCUUCACGCUACCACAGCCCCCCCAACCUGACAAUUUAACACAAAAACGAAACAGUACGGCAACACAUUUUCAUUCAUGCUUAUUUUGGGUCACUUAUUGCAAAUUAAAAGUUGUCAGAAAAAGAAGUAGCUUAUCAUUUAGGCAUCUAGUUUUUCCAUGGAUUUUUGAGGACACUAACCAUGGGAUAUUUGCAAACACAAAGAGGCUUUUUCAGCUUUGAAUAUUGCCUGAGGUUCUAUAAUUUCAGUGGAAUUUUUUCAACAAGUGUCAAUUUGCAUGAGCCAUGUUUACACAGAGGCACCUCGCUACAGUUACUUGUAGUUGUUUCUUUAACUUUUGACAAUUUUUUGAUAAUUUGAUAAUUUUCUUUUGAUAAUUUUUCAUCUUUCUGCACACAAACUUCCCAUUUUGUCAUUUUUAAAAAGCACAAAACUCUUGUGCUUCUGGUCAAAUGGACCUAAACUUAAUCCCUCUUUUCUUCAGGAAACCUUUUUACCAGGAAAUAAAUGCAAAUUGAUUUCCAUGCUUUUCUUUAACUGUAACUGUGUUUAUGACAUCAUUCCUAAUUUAAGUAAUUUCUAUUCUAACGCAACCUGAUUCAUUCAGAGGAGUCUGUUAGAAAAGGGAGUCUCUAGCUGAGCUGGAAUUCACGUUAGCAUACCAACAGCUAUAGCCAUGUUUAUAUUGAUCUUUCUUUAUCUGUGUCUUCUGUGUUGUAACUUGCAUGCAGAGACUGAAUGCUUCCCCAAAUCCUCAGAGUUUAAAAUGAAAGGAGAUUACCUGCUUGGUGGACUUUUUGGUGUUCAUUACGCCUUUUCAACUCUCCAUCAGAACAUCCCAGAAGCCAUCAUCUGUUCCAGUCAAGAGUUUUCACUGUCAAGUUACCGGAGGUUUCAGAUGAUGAGAUUCUCUAUAGAGGAAAUCAAUAAUUCUACCAGUCUACUACCCAAUGUUUCUCUUGGCUAUGAAAUAUUUGACCAUUGCUCAGACACAAAGAAUUUUCCAGGUAUUUUCAGCCUGAUGUCUGUUGAUGGUUCAGUUCAACCUUGGAAAGAAUCUGUAAACUUCUCUAAAGUGAUUGCAGUGGUGGGUACAGGCACAAGCACAGCAACAAUGACUGUUGCACCGCUGUUCAUGAUGGACCUCAUUCCGAUGAUUAGUUAUGGAACCUCCAGUUCAGUUUUCUCCAGAAAACAGAAUUUUCCGUCUUUCUUACAAACAGUGCAUCCUAAUAAAGACGUCAUAGAAAUAAUUUUGAGGUUUUUGGAAGAGUUCAAAUGGACCUGGGUGGCUUUCCUCUACAUUGAUGAUGAUUAUGGAAGAGAUGGCCUGGAUCUGUUUGUGAAAAAGAUAAAGGACACUGAAAUCUGCUUGGCAUUCAGUCAUGGUCUCAGAGAGGACACAAAUUAUACUAAACUUAUCAACCAGAUGGAACAACACAGGAUAAACGUUAUAAUUGUUUUUACAACUAAGUGGACAGCUGAAAGACUCAUUAUGUCAGCCAUCCAACAAAAUCUUACCAACAAGGUGUGGAUAGCAGUGGAUGCCUGGUCUCUUCACAAAGAGCUCCCUAAAAAAACAGGAAUCAGAAAUAUUGGGACUGUUCUUGGGAUUGCCGAGCCAAAACUAAAAAUCCCAGGAUUUGAUGACUUUGUUUUGUCUAUUAAAGCUCAAAAUCAGUGUGAAAAUCCAGAGCAGGAUCCAUUUUGUGACCAGAAGUGUAACUACAGCUGCGUGAGCGUUGAAGAUAUCAUUACAGCAGAUCCCUCUUUUAAUUUUCCUGUUUACUCUGCUGUAUAUGCCGUUGCCCAUGCCUUACAUGCAGUGCUGCAGUGUGGAGCUGGCAGCUGCAACAACAGCAUUAAAGUUUACCCACACAUGGUCCUGGAAGAACUUAGAAAGUCAAAGUUCACACUUUUAAACCAGACAGUUCAGUUUGAUAAAAAUGGUGACCCCAAGUUUGGACCCUAUGCCAUAGUUUUCUGGAAUGAGAUCGGUGAUGCAGAAGAGAUCGGUUCUUAUACAUUUCACCCAAAACAUAACUUUGACAUUGACGAGUCUAAAAUCCAUUGGCAUGGAGACAAAAAGGCAAGGUUUCCUUCCUCUCUCACUAGUAUACAGUUUACAGCACAUAAAAAUGUAUUCUUAUACUUUAAGUCCAUAUAUCUAAAAAUAAACAGCAAUUUUUAUUGGACAGAAAUUACUUUCUAUGACGGUAAAAAAAUAUAGAACAUAUGAUGCCAACUUUUGAGGGUUACUUAAAAAUGGUGGAGUAAAGUGCAAUGUUAGUUUUGAUGGUUGCUU